CGGGGCGGCGCCGGGGGACGUCGCGUCACCGCGCCGGGUCGGUAGCAGCUACCGCGGAGCCGCCGGAGGGACGCCCGCCUUCGCCCGCCAUGGCCGAGAGCGACUGGGACACGGUGACGGUGCUGCGCAAGAAAGGCCCUACGGCCGCCCAGGCCAAGUCCAAGCAGGCUAUCUUAGCAGCACAGAGACGAGGAGAAGAUGUAGAGACUUCCAAGAAAUGGGCUGCUGGCCAGAACAAACAGCAUUCUAUCACCAAGAACACAGCCAAGCUGGACCGGGAGACAGAGGAGCUGCACCAUGACAGGGUGACCCUGGAGGUGGGCAAGGUGAUCCAGCAGGGCCGGCAGAGCAAGGGGCUCACGCAGAAGGACCUGGCCACGAAAAUCAAUGAGAAGCCACAGGUGAUCGCGGACUAUGAGAGUGGACGGGCCAUCCCCAAUAACCAGGUGCUGGGCAAAAUCGAGCGGGCCAUCGGCCUCAAGCUCCGGGGGAAGGACAUUGGAAAGCCCAUCGAGAAGGGGCCUAGGGCGAAAUGAACACAAAGCCUCGAAAUCAGUGCGCUCCGGCUGAUCUCGUUCCGCGGGUUCCCCUUGGCCGCCAGCACCGCCGUGGGUCUCCUCACGGGCCGAGCGGAACAAGGGGUCCAGCUUUUGGGGGCCUCCCCAGCCCAUUCCUGCUGUCAAACAAACAAAACCUUGCAAGGCGU